AUGCAGCGCGAUAGCAGUUUUCGGUUGACAGUCUUACAGUUCGGUCCAAGGAUCUUCGGCGGCUUAGAUGGCACGUCCCGGGACAUCGGGCCGGAUAAUUUCAACCAAGGAAAGCCGGACGUGAACCUGGACGUGCCUCUGACCUCCGACUUGGUCGAUAUCGAGGUGCCACUGUUCAGCUGGUUGGGGAAGUAUGGAUAUCGGCCGCGAUCGUGGCCACCAACCUUCGAACUACACUUUAAUCAGGUGCUCAUCAUCAACAACACCGCCUGGCUUAUUGCAACGAGUACGAUGAUGACCAUACAUUGA